CCUUUUUUCCUUUUCUUCUUGUUCUUCUUUCUUCUCUUUUUCUAUUUCAUAUUCACUUUUUAUUGUUUAUUCACUCACUUAUUCCUCAUUUCUUCUCUUUCAUUCAAUCUGUCUUACCUCUGUAUUCAUACUUACUCAUAGAUACACUCACACUUACUCUCUUUCUUUCUUUCUUUCUUUCUUUCUUUCUUUUUUUUCUAUCUAUCUCAUUAUAUUAACCCUUUACACUUCAUCCCUGAACCAUCAUGGAAGAAGUUCAAUCUUCUCUCACACUUGCCAAUCAGAUGGAAGAAAAAGGUCAAGUAAAGGAUGCAUACUUCGCCUAUCUUUCUUUGGCUCAAGAUUCUUUAACCUUUCUUAAAGAUAUCAAGUUUAUUCAAUCUUCCAUUAUAUCCCAACCAAAACAAUACAGUUCCUUGAUCACUGCUAUGAGAACUUGUUUAUCACAUAUGGAACAUAUAAUCGAAACACAUACACCAGGAACACCAGCAAGAUUACAACCUCAACAUACUGGCGAUUCUCAAAAAUUCCCAAAACCACCUUUACCUCCCAAACCCUCUCGAAUUCAUAAACCAGUGUUGCCACCCAAACCUGUUCGUGGGGUAGUAUCAAGGCCCUCUUCUCCGACCAAUGACGAUUAUUUGCAGGACAAAUCUUCUGAACAAUCACAUCAAUCCAAUUUGCAACAACCUGGGGAUUCUGCACCAAUCCUUAGACAAAGACCUCCUACUCCCAAUACGGCAAGACCUUAUAGUGUUCCUUCUCCUGAUAAUCGGUCUUUACAAAAGCAUCGCCCUUUUACCGAAUUACGACAAUCUCAAGACGAUGACAUUACUAUUGUAUCUGAAGGUGAAGUAGAUCCAACACAUUUAGUACCAGCUCAAACCAAUGUAGAUGGUCUUAAUUCUUCCAUAUCUGGCCAAACUUCUUCCGAUCAUGUUCCUUUGAUCCCAGCACCUCCUCUAUUGAUUACACAUCGUAUCUUACAAACAAAAUUGGAUGAUUUGGAAUUAUCAUUGAAGGAAACAAAAGCUCGAAAACAACAACUAUUAGGAGAACAUCAUACGCUUGAUCCAAUGACAGAAGAUGACAUUAAUCACCGAAUCUUACAAUAUUCUCGUCAAGUCGCUGAUACCAAACAAACUUUGAAUCGUGUUCGAACUAUUUAUAUGAGUGCUGCUACUAUUCCAACCAUCAUCCAUUUCAAGGCCCACAUCACUGCUUAUCAAGUCACUCAAAUAGAAGCUGCCAUCUUCAAUGCUAUUCCACCUUCAGCUCUGUUGUCCCAUUCUGCAAAACACCCUCAUCCUAGGAUUGUUGCCUCAACUGAUUUUUUUAAUUAUAUCACUCGCGCCAUUGAACAUUCCAUCUUGUUUCCUCAAGAAGCUUCAGCUCGUGCUCAACUUAUACAUUACUGGAUCAAGGUUGCUUCCCGUUGCUUGGAAUUGAACAAUUAUCAAACUUUGAAGGCUAUUGUAUCAGCAUUAGGUACUCCACCAGUGGAACGACUUCGACGAACCUGGGCGUAUAUACCAAAGAAAAGUGUGACCAAACUGGAUACUCUUAGUGAACUCAUGUCAGAAUCCGACAAUUAUGGACGAUACCGUGAACAUAUGGGUAUGGUCAAUACCACUGUAGUCAAUGGCAAAUCUGUUGCUCAAAUUCGUGCUGAGCAUUUCACCAAACCAACCGUACCAUUUUUAGGAACCUUUAUUCAUGAUAUCACAUAUUUAUUGGCAGCCUUCAAAUCUUCAUCUACCACAACAGCUCCUCAAGAUGAACCAAGAAUUCAUGAAGUACUAGAAACCAUGCGACGAUUCCAACAAGGUCCAAGAUACCCUACUGCUUUACCAGGAACUUACAACAAAGCUCAUCAAAAGCACCAUUUCCGACCUGCUAUUUCCAAUGCAUUACAUCGUGGCGCUUCGGGAAUUGGAAGGAUCAGUAGUAAUGGUUUAUUUGGUUUCGGUAGUAACAGCAACAGCAACAGUAAUGGAAGUGGAAGGGAUAGUAGUGGAACGAAUAACAGCAUUCUCAAUGGAUUUGGUGCGGAUGAUGAUGAUAAGGAAAGUGAUGAAUCUGAAGAUGGCAAUAUGGAAGAGCAACAAGAAAUGGUGACUCAGUAUGUCCUGAUGCGACCUUGGGUAAAUCAAGAUACAGUGGAUCAACUCAGCCUUCUACGUGAACCCCCUCGACAAAAAACCAAUACCAUGUCCAGUGGUCAUCGAAGUAGUGGCGGUGGUCAAACCAGUUCAGUGCUUAGCAACUCAAGUUCUUCAAUGAUGCGGAACAGUAAUGGUAACAUUUCACUCAAUACCAAUAGUAGUGGUGGUAGUGGUGGACGUGAACAUAGUGGUGAUCUCAGUGGUAGUCGACCUAUUAGUGUGGAUGAUGAACAACAGUAUCGUGCAUCAGAAGAAUACACAAGAUACAGUUCGGGUAGCAACAACAAUAGCACUUUUUGGCCUUUCCGACGAAGUAUGGAUCAAACUCGACCAGCAACACCUCACGAACCAACAGGAUCAUAUCAACCUUCACCAACACCGUCAUCAUCUCUUCUUUCAACAUCAACAUCAGCAUCAAAUAUCAUUCAGGCCCCGGCUCCCGUUGUACCUCCACGACCUCCCAAUAUGACAAGAUCAGUAUCAUCUCAACAAACUUCAACUCCCAACAAUGAUGAAUUCAAGGCAGUACUUGCUCAGCGUUUAGCCAAGGUGGCCACAGAUACAAAUUAGAUUGAUUUACUUGAUUUAGUUAGUCCUUUCCCUCCUUUUUUUUUUUUUUUUUAUGACCCUUUUGUAUUUUUAUAUCCAUUGAACCCCAGUCUCAGAAGAAAGAAAAAAGAAAUAACCAAAUGAAAAAAAAAAUCUAUCCAUUCUGUAUAUCUUCAUUUCUCCCUUUUCUUUUUCUCUCUCUUUUUUU